AUGGCGGACCCCGAAUUGGAUAAUAUGUUACUUACUUUUAAAGAUUACAUUAAAUUUGAAGAAAAAUUCGAUCCAAGAAAACAUUUUUUAUCAUCAGAAGUAAACUUGAAUGAUAUCCUUCAUGAAGCAGAUAUUACAGGAGAUACGAAAAAAAACUAUUUAGAUGCUUUUAAGUUACUAUUAAAACAUGUACACCACGAUGGUCUUUUUUACUACGGUAAUAACCCAGACGCUUGUAAGUAUAUUAACUACAUACUAUACAAAGAAGUAGAACAUAAUAUUAAACGAAGCUAUGACAAAGAUCUCACUUUACUUUUCCAAAAAUUUUUGCAUGCAUACGGAAAAAAAUAUGGCAGGCCGAAUAGAUGCAUAUCUAACAUUUAUAACAUAAAACAUGAAACGUAUAAUACAAUAAAUGCAUUAUAUAAUGUGUAUGAUAAAUACAAGAAAUGUUAUUUGUUCAAUAAAGAUACUGUUCAUCGUGGUUGUACAUUAUUUGAUGAUUUUUUUGCCUCAUAUGAUAACUAUAUGCGUGAUACUAAAUCUAAAAGUUUAAAAUUUAAUGAAAUAUUACAGAAUAUUGAAGAACACGCUAAAAAUUCUGUUCCAUUAUAUAGAUUAGGAUGUUACAACUAUAAAACAGAACCACGCAGUCCAAAACUAUUUAAACCUGACCCUGUACAAAAUAGUGAAACACAUAAAGAAGUACAAAUAAGUCAAACUAGAUUACAAUCAGUAGAUAAUAUACCACAAUAUGAAACACACGUAAAAACACAUACACUACAAACACAAUUACCUGAAAGUGUAUCCAGUUCACAAACAGAAAAAGAAAAUCUACAAACAGAUAAAGAAAAUCUACAAACAGAUAAAGAAAAUCUACAAACAGAUAAAGGAAAUAGUGCACAUGUUAACCAUAGUGUAAAUGAUAGCCAUCAGGGUACCUCUCUCCAACAAACAAUAGAUCCCCCUAAAAGAGCAGAUGAAGAACGCACACAACUGUUUCCAAAAUUUCAAACUCCCAUUAUACCUUCAUAUUUUUCAGAAAGACCAUUAUAUUCAGGACAGCAUGGACAUGGAGCGGAACAAGUUAUUUCAAAAGAGGUAGAAGUGUCCUCACCAUCAGUGAUGAGUACCAUUACUAGUGCUCUAAAGGAUGUUGAUCCCGUACCAGUCGUUGGUGUAUCUGGUGGGAUGAGCGCUUUAUUUUUACUUUUUAGGUAUACUCCAGUUGGAGCCUUCUUUAGAGGAGGACGAGGACGCGUACGUAGAAUUCCUAGUGGUUUCCAUGGACCAUUCUCAGGAGAAUUCCCAAAUUUUCAAGAUUAUGAAGGUGGGUAUAUUGGAUAUGGCCCAAUGAGUAUGAAUCCGCUCGCGGAAUAG